ACGUUGACCAAGUUUGACCAAAACUGUCAAAUGUCCCUCCUGGAGAAUGCUUACAUGCAAAUAUCCUCUGGACAGGGGGGGCCAUGGAAUGGAAAUUACCCCACCGUCUCCUGGGAUUAGGAAAUGAUCGCCCGCUCGUCAGCUGUACAGUAGUGGUGCAAUGUGGCUGCGCGAUAGACGGUUCGCAAAGCAUUACACGACGACCCUGCAGUCUGAAAAAGAUCAUGCGACCUGUCAAGUUGGCGUUUGGUGAGCUCCUAACAACAGCAACACCAAUGCUCCAUCUGUGAGCACUGGCCCAUUGUAUGCCCCACACGUCUGUUACACAGGCCAUCCCCAUGACUCUGAUCGCCUAACCGCAAAGCUGCGGCGCUUGUCAAUCCAAUGCACCGACGCAUUAGGGGGGUGGAGGACAAGCAGAUAAGAAUGCCUUCUGAGGGCCUGGAGCCACUAUCAUGAAUUUAGGAUUUAGGUGCCUUGAGACUGUGGGGAAGGGCUUACAGCAGAGUGUACCUAACCCAAACCAUCGAUACCAGCACGGAGGUAACUACAGAGGGUACCUACACUGGAAGUUCCCUGGCUAUUGCUAUAUUUCUUGGGGCCAGACCCCAUCGAUGGCUAUGUUUGUCCUUAGGCGGUCAGUGAAGUGGCCAGGUACCAGCAUCCUUAACAUGCUACUGGCAGGACCUGAUGCUCGCAGGCUGUGCCAGAUAGGAGGCACAACUUUUCACCCACAUAUGAAGAGGUAUGGAUGUGAGUUCAAGACAGUCUUCAACCGAAUAGAACGUCUGGUCAUAUAUCUGCAUUGGGUGGAACUUUCAGUCCGGAUGCGCGACAAUAAUGACCGGUCGUUCUAUUGGGGAAACCCGGGAAAAGACAAACCAUGAUACAAGACAGUUCGUGAGCUUGGAUGGGUGAUAAACCGUAAUGUUUGGCGGCCACUCGAGUGUGCGUCGUGACCUAAGCCAUCCACUCCCCAACCCACGCCGCACCAUAUUCAUUCCACCAUGCAAACAUUCAUAAGUAUGCCCAUGCGUAGAACCUACACCUUACACAACUCAAUUUCACAUCAUGCAAGCAAGACCUUGGCACAACUCAAUUUCACAUCAUGCAAGAAAGACCUUGGACCUUGAACGAUUCCGAUACAUGACGCAACAUUCGCGUAGGUUGAGCGACAAUCUGGUGGAUUCUUGAUCAUUCUACACAGAGAGGACAAUUGGUACAGAUCAGUAGAAAAGUCUGAGACAGGUCAGCAGUUGCAACACAGCGAGGUUCAAACUCCUCUUAUAUGCAUGGACACAGUGGGCGAGGUACAAACACAAAAAAAGCUAAAGAUCGAGAGUUGGAUUACAUAAUCGAGCAACCUAAGGUGAAUAAUCUAACCAUAUCCUAAUACAUGACGACAUGCCUCACAACUCACAAACAGAUAGUUGAGAGACAAUCCGGAGGCAGCGUCCAUCCUGCAUGAAGACAAGAACUGUUGUGGGGAGGGAGAGAAUCUAAGGCCCAACAACCUAAGGUUUGAACGAAGGCUUGGGUGGAUUUGCAGACGCUAUGGACUAUAGGUCUUCCACAGAUGACCCAUGAACUGUUGAAAUACAGACCCCCAAGUUUGAAUCCAGGAGCAGUCAGAUGAGCAGAUCAGGGGAAAACCAAAGGCCGGCGCAUAAACAACGUAAAGAAUCUAAGGUCCAACAACCUAUAAGUUGCACGAAGGCUUGGGUGGAUUUGCAGACGGUACGGAAGAUCGGUCUUCCACAAAUGAAUUCCGAGUUUCAGAAGAAAGAUAAGGGCGACACCCAUGGGCCUAGCUCAGUUGGAACACCCACGAACUGAAGAAACGCAGACCAGAGUUCGACUCCAGGUGCAGUAAGAUGAGGAGGAGCAGGUGGGGGGAGGGAGAAUCUCUCCCCCAACCUAAGUCGAAUGAAGGGUUGGAGGUUAGAUACUCCCAACUUAGGUUGGGGAUUAGCUUUGCGGCAGAUACUAAGAACGAUAAGGGUACGUCCUGUCGUGCAGGAAGCAGGGCGCUGCUGAGGGCAGCGCCAUAGCCCAGCCUCCAUAGCUGGAUGGGCUUGGACUACAGUGAGCAGAGAGUAUGGUAGAUGCAGGUCAGGAGAGAAACUGAAUCCUUCUAAGUUCUUACCUGCCCGUUCGGCUGAACGGUUUGUCCACACAUGUAUCUGUCCAUGAACAUAUCAUGAGUUCAAAUCUUCCUUCCUGCAUGGGAAUCCCAAGAAUACAAUAACAGGGCAGACUGCGGCAACGGUCUGUCGAGAACGACAGUGAAGGAGAGCCAUACUAUGCGCACGUAGCGGCGAAAUUCAGAAUGUUCGAACGACCUCACGAGGACAAUGGGGGCAGUUUACGGAAACCUGGAGUAAGGUCUACAUCCUGUUGGUGCAGAUCAUAAGAGAGUCUGCGCACGAACCUCGUGAGCUUCCAUUUUUGGAAAGGAAACAUGAGGCCCGCGGUGACUUGGGUGACUUCACAGAUACUGACGAAUGCUUCCAGGAGGACCAAACAUCGGUUCAUGCAGGAGGAAGGAUUGGAGAGGGGGGGGGGCGGGGGGGAAGAGAGCAGAAGCAACUUAACUUGUCUGAUGGCAGGGAAUCGAUAUCUACAACAGAAGAGCAGGCACACAGGGACCUCAGAAUAACAAACAGGAAGGAGGAGGUGGGGUGAACAGUAGAGCAGGCACACAGGGACCUCAGAAUAACAAACAGGAAGGAGGAGGUGGGGUGAACAGUGAGGAGGCAAAGAGGAUGGCGAAAGAGACAAGUGGAUGGACAGAUAGCUGCAAAUGUGCACAGCAGCAGACCCAUACAGAACUGCUGAAGUGGACUCUGUUUCAACAUGCAGAAAGAGAUGAACGGAUGGUCAAACAGCUGCGAAAAUGCACAGAAGGAUUACAGAAACCUGCUGAAGUAGGCACCGUUGCAACAUGGAGAAAGAGAGAAGCGGAUGGUUGAAAAGCUGCAAAUGUGCACAGAAGGCUUGUACGAUCCUGCUGACAAGACGAAAAAAGAAAAAGAAAAAACAGAUGGUUAAAACGAGAAAGUAAAGCGAAGUCCACACCGUCAAGAAGAUGAGAUAAACAUAUAGAUCUCGACAGCAACUCCGAUCGCCAGGGCUGACACAGAGAUAUAGCGACAGUCAUUCACUUUAUGGAUAUGAGAAUGGAGACAGGGAAAUCCAUACAGGUAAAUUGGGAGUCCCGAAAGACUGACUGUGUGCCUCGUCAGACUCGGUCAGAGCCAUUGGGUCCUGCAACUCCCUAACCUGAGCAAUAAUAGAGGAUCAAGUUCCAAAGCCUGUGAAUAUGUGUACGUAAUACACAACGUACAAGCGCGGUGGCAGUUGGUGUUUGUUGUUUGAUUGUUAGAGUGUUUGUUCCGAUAUGUAGUUCUGGCUGUGUGGCUGUGGCUCCACUCCGCAGUCAAUCUCAAGUCCCUAGGACAUACUGUUCCGUUCGUUCGACUGUACACUGAGCUGCAUUCCAUCCACAGGAUGGUGGAUGGUCACAGCAAGCCCUGGAAACAUAGGUACCACCGUACCAUGCAUUAUUAUUCUUUAUUUUUUCUUCCUAAAUCUCUUAAAUUCUGUUUGCCUUUCACUC